GAAUGGCAGUCUGGUGGGGGGUCAGAACCCCGCCUCUUUCCCAGAGCGCCGUCUCGUCCCUUCCGCUUCCGGUGACGCGGGCCCGGCGCCGGAAGCUGCGCUAGUGCUGAGUUGGAGCCGCUGCUGCCGGGGGAACUGGAGCCGCAAUGGCGCCAAAGGGGAAGGUGGGAACCAAAGGGAAAAAGCAGAUUUUUGAAGAGAACAAGGAGACGCUGAAAUUCUACCUGCGGAUCAUCCUUGGUGCUAACGCCAUUUAUGCAGUUGUGAACCUGGUGAUCUUCUACACAACAGCCUCCUUCUGGACCUGGGUUGCGUUUGUGUUUAGCAUGGUGAUCUACGGUGCCAGUUACCGCUCCAUGAGCUCCAUGGCAAAGGCCUCUUUCACGGACGAUGGCAACCUUGCUGAUGGGGGAAUUGACCUGAAUAUGGAGCAGGGGAUGGCAGAGCACCUCAAGGAUGUGAUCUUACUGACAGCCAUUGUCCAAGUGCUCAGCUGCUUCUCCCUCUAUGUCUGGUACUUCUGGCUCUUGGCUCCAGGACGGGCUCUCUAUCUCCUGUGGGUGAACAUCCUGGGGCCCUGGCUCACGGCCGACUCUUCAGCUGCCACCCAGGAGCCAAAUGAGAAGAAGCAACGCCGCCAGGAGCGCCGCCAGAUGAAGCGCUUCUAGCUACACACGUGGGGGUGGAUUAGAUCUAAUUCACCAUCUCCACCUUGUUACUUCAUCAGGGAUGCGAUUUAAACCAAUCAGAAACCGUCACAGUGUCUGUCACCCUCUCAUCGAUCCAUUCCACUAUAAAGGCUGCCAGAGACUUCCCUUGACUGCUUCUGAUGGUCACAUCAGGGGCUGCUCCACCACUUGGGGCCUUACUUGACAAGGGGGAGGGAGGUUACGAUGGGAUAUGUGUAAAUAGCUUUUUCAAGCAAUGGUGUAAGGAGUUUGGGGAUUGGAAUUGCCUUGUUGGAGGAAAUAUAUUAAAGAGGAGAAUCUAA